AAAGGGCUUUAAAUCAUAACAGUGCAGCGUGAACUUCACAAGAGUUAACGGUCGAAGGCUCGCAGUGGGUGCUUAGCCGACGCGCGUGUGCUUUAUUUAGAACGCCGAAUGUCUGAGCUCUUGUGUUCACUCGACAAACGUUUCAAAACAUUUGUAGUUGUCGGGCGGUUGAUGUCGUCGCGCGCCGUGAUUGGCCAUGCAAGACGGGUAGCAACAUGGUCGGUGCGCAGGAGUGUUGUGACGUUGAGUCUGCUAAGCCCCUAUCCGACUGAGCGGCGAACGAUUGGGAGCGAUUUUGGAGGCAACUAAUGUUGCGUUCGAGGUCGCAAAUGCUUGCCUAACGUUCGCCAGAUGUUUUACGGUGCUCACCAAUACCGUUCGCGAACAUUUGCGACCUUGAACGAACUCUGACACGAACAUUCAUUUUAUUACCUUCCCCAACAGUCACGGUUGUUUGCGUCUCAGGAUAGGAUGUGCUAGAUGUUGUUUUACUACUGUACAGUGGACCACUGCUAUUUGUGAAUUUGCAUUUUUAAUUUUUUGGGACCCAUCCUCCAUGUGUGUUUAGGCUACCGAUGUCCAUACGGAGACUUAAUCUAACAACCCCCUCACCCCUUUAUUACUUUUUUGUAACAUUGACUUUUUUUUGUUUGCAGGGCGCUUAAGAAUGCAGAAUACAAUUCCCCGAGAUGUAAAGAAACUCCAAUGAAACCCUCUCAGAUCGCUAACCGUCUCGUAGCCCCGCCCAGGAGAAUGUUGCCGCUCCUCAGCCCCGACUUGUGCCACGGCUCACCUUCGCCAUACGAGCCGUCCUGUUGUCUCAUGCCAGUUCGCUCAUUAGAGUCGCACCGUCCAGAGUACCGCAAGUGGCUUUCGGGGCUGCGACUGAGCCCACUGCAGCAACCCCAACCUCCAGUCACUGUUGCUAAAAAACACGACGGGGCGCAAGGCGGUCGGCCAAAUAUUUCCCGCGAUGAAUCCCCUCAUCCCAGGAAGGACUUAAACACUUGCUAUCCCUCAGUACACAACGGGAGAGAGCAUAAAUCCAUGGCGGCGUCGAGCUUGGGAACAAGUGCCUCUGUACAAAGAGUGCAGUCAACAAAGGAACUUUUGUCCACACCUUCAAGUAAAAAAUCCAUUCCAGUUGCAAGCUUGGACCACACACUCCAGAAGCGGCGUAGGGAGUGCGAGGACAGCGACACCAGCGUCAAGAAGCCUUGUGUUCGAGAAGAGCCGCCAAAGCCGCCGCCCAAGAGUCCUUCAAGGACGUCCCCGGCAUCCCUCCAGCCACAAAUUCCAAAAGAACAAUUUGCAUCAUUGGGUCCGUCGCCCAAAUUCAAGCCCGACCUGUUGCCCUCCACGCGGUCCAAACCCGACGUGAGAAAACGACCUUUUUUAGGGGCGAGGCAGCUCUUUAUACAUUCCAUUCACGGUAACGUCAUCCAAUUGGGAUCCUUUUCCAAGCACACCGGAGAUGUUUUCAAGACAACAAGCGAGGAACAUGACAAAAGGGAAAAAGCAAAUGCUGACCCCAAACGCAUCAGUCCACCUCACUUCAGCCCUCCUCAGCAAUCCCAGCACGGUUCCUCAGAAUCGGAAUCGCUCAGGACUCUGAAACGCACGUUUCACGACGUUCACCAUGAAUCACCCUCCAAGUUCAAUUCUUCUCCGGGCCCUCCGCCAGCAAAACGGAAGAAACUGCGCCGGCGGAGGAGGACCAUUCCCAGCGACUAUGACGAAUUGUUCACCCCAGACGUCAUCGUCAGUUCUGUGCCGAAGACCGCCAAGGGCAGAACAGAUGACGAGACGGAGAAAAGACCGCCGGGAUGCGGCGCCGCCGUCCAAAGUUCGGAGAACUCUUGUCGGAAGGGUAAAGACUCUGGAGUCGCUCAGGAGACCUCAUCAAAACACCCCCACAUUUCCUUGCCAAGUGUGUCAUUAGUCACGUUAAAUAGCAAGUCCUUGAAGUCCACGUACGGAAAAGGCAAAGACUGCUCUGUCCCUGCGCCACGCAGGCACUCGACGCAUGAAAGCCUGAAACACGACGACAAAAACAAAGCCAGGCUACCUUCCACGCCCCGCCGCUCCCGCACUCCUCCACUCAACGGAAGCGAAGGGCGCGUGCGGCCACACACGGAUCAAGCGGAUUCUGUGGACGAGGACCUGGACCUGAGCCUGGGCAUUGCUUUUGAUUUGGAAUCAAGCCAGACAUCCCAAAGCAGUGAGGAGGAGCAGCUGGUGUCCUUGCAGGAGAUCAUGAAUCACGUUCGCAAGAGCCCAGCUGCACCGGACAAGGGCGCCGCCUUCUCAGAGCCGAGCACACCUGGAGCUUCCAGCAAUCCCUUUAAAGCUCCAACCGUGACAAGAGGCUACUACAGGAACAGCCUGGACCAGAUGCUGAAAGAGAUAGACAACCAAAAGAAGGCCAAAGAGAACGAGGCGCAGCUUCGUAGCUCGUGUGACGAGGAGUUGUCGAGAGUGGCGGAAUACCAGGAGGAGGAGAACCGCGACGAGGGCUCCAGCGAACGACAGGAAUUCCUGCAGCGCGACUCCCUUGAGUCCACUGCCAUCAGAGAGGUGCCUCCUGGAGAAGCAGUGUUCCACCUUGACAAGUUUGGCCAGAUCUUCAAUCAGGAUUCGCUGCAGCUCAGACGAUGCGCGGUCAAACCGCAGAGCACGGCGCAGAAAACACUUCUGUGGUCCAGCUCAGCUCAGCUAAAACUGCACUUGAUUGUCGGCUUGUUCCAGAAAGCUUACUGUUCUCAGUCACCCUGCCCGCCCCAAAUCACAGAUUUCCUCUUUAAGAUGAUGUCAGUGCAUUCUGAGAGGAUGUUGUCUGAAAAGAUGCUGCAGGCUCUCUGUGACAUCGCCGGCUCAGCCGCCUAUAAUAUCGUGAAAAACAAAAGCUGCGCGUAUACCGUGUGGGUGCCCGCUUUGGCUGACUUAACCUUGGUGCUGAUGAACAUGGGCGUUGCGUUUGUGACGCUGUUCCCGUUUGAAAACUUGCAGCCUGCGUUCACCGAGGGAGACUUGCUGAAGAACGUCUACGUUCACAGCGAAGGUCCCCCUUGCAACAAGGAAUGCAACACGUUCCCGGAACACAAUUGCACCAACAUCUUUAAGUACCUGUCGUACUGCAUGAGCAUGUGUCCAAAGGCAUACAGCGACUACGAGCUGCUCUUACUGCUGACCGUGAUGGCUCGAGUGGCUCUGGAUGCUCAGUUCAUCCCACUUGCCGGUGUGGAGAUUAACACGCUGCUCACUAAAAUAGUGAGCAACAUCAGGGACUGGGACACAAUGCUCCCCAGAAUGUGCCAGACCCUCACCGACCUGACGGAUGACCACCACAACAUGUGCCUUCUGGUUCAACUGCUGCCUGACAACACUCGCGGGAAAUGCCUGCGCCAGCAUCUCAGUCUGUCGAUGAUCUCCAAACUCUUAGACGGAACGAGUCGAUACCGACCAACCGGAAUGGAAGUUAAGCUCGCCGUGCUGAAGCCAUACGUACCCGCUAUGCAACCCUCCUCCUUGCGCCGUUUCAUGACCACCUCCAGCGUGAGUUCUACAGAGGAGGAUGUGAUGCUCCUGGAUCAGCAGUCCUACUACCUCUGCUACAGCCUUCUGACCUUGACAAACGAAGCCUCCAAUUUCCACUUCUUCCCGACCCAUCAGAAGGAGCACCUGCUGACUCUCUGCUCGGAUCUGAGAGCGCACAUCAUGUGUCACAUCAGAGAGAGCGAAAAGUGUCUGUACAGGAGUAAGGUGAAGGAUCUGCUUGCAAGGAUCUACACCAAGUGGCAGAUGAUCCUCCAGCGCAUCCAGCCUCUCCAUUCUAAGCUUUGCGACUACUGGAAGCCCUCGUCCGUGGGAAGCUUGACGAGCCGCCAAAAGGAGAGCGAAGGUUCCCGUGAGCGGCGCACGAGUGGCGAGAAGGCAGAAGAAGAGAAAGCCGAAGAAAAAGUGACCAAGGAGGAGGCGAGCAAAUCGAGCGACAAUUUCUCCUCCCACGAGGAGGAAGGUGCCGAGCACAAUAACAACAGCAACCAGUCGGGAGCUCGAACCACGCCACAGACGCACGGGCAAAUAGUUGCCAUCGGGUUAACACACACGUGAAAAAUCACAACAGGUGGUCUUUGCUGCAUUGCAACAUUUCGUAAUGGGUCAUUUCCCUCAAUGCUAUGACUCGAUUUGCACUGCUUAGCCUGAAUCCGGACAUGAAAGAUUUAUGGUCCAAACUGCACAUUCGCUGCCCAUAAUAUUGGGUACACUUGAACAGCCUCGCGGCAUCCAGUAUUGUUGAGUGUAUUAUUCAUACCUCAAGGUCUUUAAUUUGUGUUCUUGUGGAUUGCAGUGUUGACACACUGGGUCUCGUUACAAUGCACUACAGGUGUACCGAAUGUUUUGGGCAGUUUUUGUGGGAAAACCUUUUUUUUUU